AUGUUCGCAAAAGUCGCCCUAUUUUCGCUUUUCUUCGCAGUUUUAAUGAUAAGAACAACCCUGCAAAGUUUAGAGAAUGAUAUAUCGGCACGAAUCAACGACACCGGCAAAACUUUGUCACGGAAAAGACGAUACUUAAUUUUUCCUGAAGGCAGCUCUCUGCAACUAGUUUUCUGUUUUACUACGCCUUCCAUUGGUAUGGGUCAAAUUUUCACUGUGGGUUCCACUGUAGCGUUGGCAUGGGAGUUACCGCACGAUCCUUUUGUGCCCUUUAGAAGACAGUCGGAACUCCUGCAUCGUAUUGACAAGCCCGAAAAGCACACAUCCGGUGGCUGGACGUUACAAAAUACCAAAUCACCAACGUCUGUCACUUACACGAAAACCUAUUACAAUCCAUUUCUCAUCAAUAAACCACCAGCAAUUGGUUACACCACCAUCAAAGGAUACUCUAAGCUAAGCGCGACAAAUCAGGGUUUUACAAGUGUUCACGAUAAAAAGAAGGACAAUUAUUACAGUUCUUCAAAUCCGAUGUCUAAUAGGAAUUACAACCAAUACAGGACAGUAAAGGGAACAAGUGUAGCUGCAAACAAUGUUCAGCAAAAGAGACGAAAAGUUCACAGUGAACCUGUUACAACUUAUUUGCAUCCUGUUUACCAUAAAGUAUAUAGGAGGACACGAAGGGAUUUGUAUACAAAAAUUGAAAAAUUGUUUACUGGACUAAGUAAGGAUGGCAGAUCUUGUUUACUAAAGGCCGUUUGCGAAGUCAGCAAAGCAACCAUAGAACGGGGCACCUUUAUGGAAGAAAUUAUUAAAGCUAUCUUUAGUGUGAGACAUCACGAAGAUGAAGGUUACGAAGAAAAAGACGAGUACGAUUUGGCCGCAAACAAACAACAUAAUUGCACUGAAAUGUAUCCAACAUGUGACAACUCAAUCUGGAGCAACAUGUUUUCAUUUUCUUGA